UUCUUUGUAGCUGUUGAUAGAUUCCAUGUGCGCGGUACUCACGUUUCCUUCCGUUCGCAAGUGUUGAUUAUUAAUCAAUUAAUUAAUUAAUAAUUUUCUUAAGGUGAAAUAAUCAUUGAGUGAUGAAAUAAACAUCCUGAAAUGUCCUAUUCCCUCGUUCGAGCCAGUCUCGAUCUCGUUGAGUAUGAAACUGACGUGAAACCAGUUAAGAAAAAGAAGAAACAAAAGCAGGAGAUUGGCGCAUUGAAUUUAAUACCAGCUCAUCAAAGACUUCGACAUACAGGAAAAAUAUCGCGGUUCCGUAAAAUCGAUCAGAACCUACGAAAAUCAUUGGGAAAACCAGAAAAAUCCGUUCAAGAUAAUGUGCAGAGGCUUCUUUCGCUGAGCAACCGUAAACUUGACGGAGAAACCGCGGAUAAGUUAUUUAAUCGAGCAGUGAAACAAUCUCUUGGAUCUGUCGAGAAACCUCAGGAGAAUCAGACAACAGCCUUCACCGAAGAAGACUUCACGAAAUUUGCAGCUGAGUACAUCGGCGACUAGUAAAAUGUUGAGCAGUGAUC